AUGUCCGGCAAUGCGAUUCUCCAGAUGCAGCCCUUCCCGACGAGCAACGUCGACAUCGCGAUGAUGUCUUCUGCCUCGCCGGCCGGUCAAUCCGCGAUGACCGCGUACGGCGGCGGCGCUGCAGACGCGUUCGAUGGAGGCAGCAAGUUCGACACCGCGAGUUGCGGCGGCAGCAGCGUCGCCAGCAGCAACGGCUGCCACAGCACCACCACCUCCGCGACGGCAACCACCGCCGGGAGCAGCAGACGUGCCGCCGCCGCGUUCGUCGCCGCGAGAUGGGGCGCGAAAGUCGCCGCGGGAUUGCUGCACCCGCCGCGCGCGUGCAUCCGCACGCUGCACCGCCACCUCUCCCCCAGCGCACUUUCCCCCACCGCCGCCACCGCGGGGGCGGCGACUGGGAGGGCCGCGGCCGCAGCGGAAUCGACGGCGGCGGACGCGUUAGACCCCGUUAUGGUCCUUCUAGAAGACGGGUCGCUGCGCAUGUAUUCCUCGUCUGCUUCGGAACACCACGCGUCGUCGCCGUCCUCGCCCACUGGUAAUAACGCGCCACUCACUGUCGCGGACGUGCUAUUAGAUUUUCCCAACCACGAUCUUGUCGCGAUCGCCGCCCCUUGCGCGCCGCUCGAUCCUGCCACGCGCCUCGACCCCGGAAGCACGUAUUGCUUGUCCGCGCUUCCCGCCGCAAAGGCCGGUAAGCGGGGCGCCGCGGGCGGAGGCGGGCAGAAUCCGCACGGGGGAGCAGCGGCGGCGGAAGAGGCGGCGUUCGCGGUGCCCGUAAGUUCGAAGGCGCGGUGCCGCUGCCCCAUCUGCCGCGUUGAGGCGGAACGAGAGCGGGAGGCGAAGCAGCAGCUGCGCGGACUGUGGCUUGCGGGCGGGGAGAUUUCCGCGAGCCUUGCCGGAAAUGGCGGCGACCCCAUGCAGCUCCCCGGAAGCGCGUCGCCUUCGAGAUCGAUAGCGAAGCAGCGGCUGCGGCAGAGGGGGAGCGCGGCGGUGCGAUCGCCGCGCGGGGGAACGGAGGCGGAGAGGCGAGCAGCGGUAGGUUCUGGUGCCGCGUCAGCAGCUGCAGCAAUCGCGCCGUCUAACGGCGGUGCGAGCGCUGCCUCUGGCGCGGGUUUCCAGGGCGCGGGUGCGGCAAACGUAGCGGGUGGCGCAAAGGGCGGAGCGGAGGACCAAACGGUCGGUGGCAGAGGGGGAAUGGCCGACCACGGGCAAGGGCACGGACACGGGAAGCGAAUAGGCAAAGAGGACGAGGCGGCGCGGCUGUCUGCUGCUGCAGCGAUUGCAUUGGCUGGGAUGCCUUGUCCGUCGCCAGCAGGCGCGCGAACUGAAACGAGCCAUGUUGGUCGGGUUACCAAUCGCGAGCUUCGACGCCACCGAACCUCCUCGCCGGACCGGCCGUCGAGGUUCCCGUCGAGGUUCGGGCAGGCGGAGAUGUUGCGGAUGGGAAUGGGUGGUGAGUCAGCAGCGAGCCCAUUAUUGACCAACGCGCUUCCACCACCUGGCAGCGCUCCUGUGACGCCACGUGGAGGGCUGCAGCCUGUGGGAAAGGAGAGGUGGGGAGAGGUGAGAGAGGAGCAAGGUUUGGGUGAGACAGAAGAAGAGGAGUUUAUUUCUGAUGGAGACCAGGAUGAGAAUGAGGAAGAAGGGGGGAGGGAGGAAGAGGAGGAAAGGGAGGAAGAAGACGACGCAACGAAUAUGGAUGGAAAAUUUGCUCCUGGUGGGGAGAAGCUGAGGCAGGGGGGAGCAAUAGAGGAGAGGGAGCAGGAGUUGCAUAGGCAGAGGGCAUUAGAGGAGCUACAGCAAGCCAUGGACAAGAGUUGA